AUGAUACACUUUCUAGAGGAGCAUAACGGCAAGCCAUCUCACAACCCCGAUGGUGUCACCUACGACUACUCCCUGGACGAAGCUAUUGCGGCGGACGAGCGUCUGCAUGCACUUUGUAUCUAUGAGACGCACGACGGACAGAUGGAAAGGGCCGAUUUGCAACAGGUGACUUGUUCUGAGCCCGCAAGUCCUCAAUACGCGGCGCCGGCCCGCUUAUAUCCUAUGGCGGGCCAAAGGGUGGACAUCCAGGAGAAAAUAUGGGCGCUCGUGUUCACAUUGUAUACUGCGACCGAUUAUAUCGAAUGGCCUUACCCAAACGAGCAGCCGACACAUCCCACGCGUCUGAUGUUGGUCUGCAAACUCUGGAGGCGCGUCCUACUCCCACAUGUGUACGGCCACAUCAUCUGUACGAAGGCGACACAAACCAAAGGCCUCGCAGAGCUCUUCCCAGAUCGGCCAGACCUCGGCGCUCUCGUCCGGGUGCUCACCCUACGCAACGAAACGUUCGAGAAAACCUACAUACCACUCGGCGGCAUCAUAGAGAACGUGCCAAAUUUGCGCGUGCUCAGCGCCUCCGACCAUGACCACGUCACUGACGACGGUCAGCGCGUUGGCGACCCGGGCGUCCUUACGCUUCAGUGGGCCGAGUUUGCGGCCCUCGCGCGUGCGGCGCCUAAUCUGGAGGCAAUACGGGAUCUUAGGGUCGGUAAGGAGUAUAUAGAGUCGCCGAAUCCCGCUGCCCCGCCCGCGGCUGGGAAGGGCAAGCGCAUGCAAGCUCAUGGGAAGGAGUUGACGGUGUCGGUUGGCCCCCUGACCCCCUUCCGCUCGCUGCGCGUUCUGCGCUUCGAUGCCCCCGUCAAGCUUGCUUUCACGGGCUCGACCGUACCGAAGGAUAUGUUCUUGGCGCUGGAGGAGCUGCAGCUGUAUUCUUGCCACACGUCUCUUCUGAAGCUGUUGAUUCUCUGCGAAAUGCCUCAUCUUCGCAUCUUGGGCAUGUACGGUCGCGCGCUAGCGUGUCGGGAUGCGGGGGACUUUUUGAAGAAACACGGGAAGAACAUCGAGGAACUCAACCUCAAAUCCUUCCCCUCGGACGAUAUCUUCAAGACUUGCGAGAAGGUGAAGAAGUUGCGCGUCGAGGAGAAGAAGCCGCCUCCUGGGUAUUCCACAAAGGGCUGGGCGUCUUCGACACUGGAAAGCGUCUUUUUCGUCUCUGAACUAUCGCAACUGAAGCCGUCGAAUCGUCCGUGGAUGCCUAUCCUGCUUGACUUGGACGCGGGUAAAUUGCCUGCGCUCGAAUCGGUUUAUAUGAGGAUUCGGUGGCCGUCUGGAGAAUUCGAUACCAAGAAGGAUUUCUGGGUCCCACUUGCCGAAGAGCUGCUAAAUAAGGGGAUUAAGCUACGCGACGCCAGGCAUGGACUUUCUUGGAUCCCGCGAGUGGGUUUGCGCUCGAGCUUGAAAUGGUGA